CGUUAAUAUUUGUCGGCGCAGGGCUCUGAUAAAUAGCGGAAAAAUAUUUGUUUAUUUUGCAGCCCUAAAACGUAAGAAUAAUAAAGUUUAAAAAACAAAAUGAGUAAUAUUUACAUACAAGAACCACCAACAUCGGGCAAGGUUCUUCUCCAAACCACCGUGGGAGAUAUUGACAUUGAAUUAUGGUCUCGUGAGUGCCCUAAGGCCUGUAGAAAUUUCAUACAGUUGUGUAUGGAAGGCUAUUACAAUAACACAAUAUUUCAUCGAGUGGUAAAGGAUUUCAUAGUACAGGGUGGUGAUCCUAAUGGUGAUGGCACGGGUGGUGAAUCAAUUUAUGGUCAUCCAUUUAAAGAUGAAUUUCAUUCACGUCUUCGCUAUACCAGGCGUGGUCUGGUGGGUAUGGCUAACUCAGAUAAGGAUGACAAUGCUUCGCAAUUCUUUUUCACUAUGGCCCCGACACCUGAGCUACAAAAUAAGAAUACCCUUUUCGGCAAAGUGACGGGAGAUACAAUUUUCAAUAUGCUUAAAUUGGAGGAAGGACUAGUAGAUCACAAUGAAAGGCCCAUGUAUCCACAUAAAAUUAUAAAAGCCGAAAUACUCAAUAACCCCUUUGAUGAUAUUGUACCCCGAGAACUGAAUAGAGAAGUUAAGAAAGAAAAGAAAAAAAAGAAGGAAAAGGGUGUCAAAAAUUUUGGUUUACUGUCAUUUGGCGAAGAAGCUGAAGAGGAUGAGGUUGAAACAAAUGAAUUUGUGCAAAAGAAUGCUGGUAAGGCAAAAUCACUUCAUGAUGUAGUUGAUGAUCCAAAGUUAAGCAAGGAACCAAUCAAAGUAAAAACUGAAAGAGCCGAUGAAGAAUCGGAACCAGAAGAUUAUCAUGUAAUCAUAAAAGAAGAAAGACUGGAUGAAGACGAGUCAGCUGAAAGAAAACAGCGUAUUAAGGAUAAACUUAAAUCAAAAUUAAACAAGAACUCUAAAAAUCAUGUAAAACCUGUAGAAAUAAAAAUAGAAAGUUCUGAUUCCGAAGAUGACAUGCUGUUGACACACGAGCAGGAAAAGAAACAACAGAGCGAAAAAAAGAAAGAAGAAAUUCGCCAAGAAAUACAUUCGUUGAAAAAACAAUAUCAAACAGAUAAGAAAAUUAAAGACGAACAAUUGGAAAAGAAAAUGCAAAAGGACACCAAAAGAAAAACAGUGGAUGGCGAAGAUAAUGAACUUAUUAAAAGUUUUAUAGAAGAAAAGGAAAAGUAUGAAAAACUUAAAACGAAAAUACCUAAAAAAGGACCAUCACGAGAAGAUUUUACGUUAAGUCUACUUUCAAAAUUCCGCUCUAAAUUGGAUGCUAUUAAACAAAAAAAGGAAGAGGACAAUGAAGAGAUUGAAGAAAAAAUUGAUGAGAUGGAAGUGGAAAAAGAAAUACAAGGCGAUGAUUGGCUGUGUCACACUUUGAAAUUUCAAGAUGAUGCCCCCAUAUUGGCAAAAGAUGCUUCAACUAAGGGUGACGACUGGUACGAUGUUUACGAUCCACGUAAUCCCCUUAAUAAGCGAAAACGUAAAGAACUUGGCGGCGGUAGUCGUUCUCAUGGCUCCAAAGAAAUUAAACGUGUACGAUAAUUUAUGAUAUUUCAAAGGAAUUUAUUUAAAAAAGAAGGAAAUUUGUAGACAGUAAAAAAUACAUUAAAAGAAAUGCA